UUCUAAACUUUUACAGACACAAACUAUUAUUGUAAAGUAACAGCGAAAACAAAAAAUAUCGAUUAAUGAAUAGGCGAAUAUAAUUUAUAAUGGGCAUUAAUAAGUAUGCAAAAAUCUUCUUGAGUUGGUUGAAUGGUUAUGAUUAGUGUUAAUUACAAGUAAAAAUUAUUAUUAUAAAAUAAAAAAUAAAAAAAAUUGGAGAACAAGUUAUAAUUAUAUAAAUUAAAUAAUAUAGUGCUCAUAAAAUAACAAUUAAAUUUGUUUUCACCAAAUUAAAAAGUUAUGGGUGACAAGCUUGUAUCAAAUAAUAUGCAAAGUGCAUAUGAAAACUCUCAUAUUACAUCCUUUGUUGAGGUGAUUGAAAUCACUGAUCGAUAUAUUUUAACAGAGGUUUUUGAACAUAUUGACAAGACAUUUGACGGCAAUAUUGUUGAAGACACCAAGACCCCAAUCGAAGUUUUAGAUAUAACGCAUAUAUGUGAAAAUAUCACAAUUCUGAAUUAUAUUGAUAUAGAUGAAACAGGUGUGCUACUGACGUGUCGAAGUAAAUUCAAAGCCCAUCAGAAAUCGAAUGAAAAGAAAAACGAUAAACUACAAAAUGACGAUAUUAGUACAAAUAGCCCGACAGCUAACGAAAUAAGUAAAAAACGUCGCUUAAGUUUUCUUAGAAAGCGAAGAAAGUACAGCAACAAUAAAGAUGAACAUAUAAAUUUGUUGAACGAAAAUGAAAUAAAUAAAAACAAAACUGAUAAGACACUCAAAGUAAAAGAAGACAAUAGUAUUGUUGAAUCUAAAACAUCUAUUACUUUAAAAGACUGUAAUAAUUUACAUGAUGAUUCAGAAAAAUCUCAAUUAAUUUUUUUAAACGAAAAGAACUUAAUAGACAAACCAGAAAUUAUUAGUAAAGAAGAAUCAUAUUCUAUCAAUAAAAAUAUAGUGUUUAAAGCAAAAGUAAAUAAACAAAGUAAUGAAAAUUUAAAUAAAACUCAAUUUGGUGCCAAUACUCCAUGUACGGAUUUGGUUAAUCUGUUGGAUAACAAAGUUGAUAAAAAUGAUAUAGCCAAGCUUGAAAUAAAUGAAUCUGAAAAAAUUUACGCUAAUAAUGAUAAAUCUAUAGUUGGCAACACAUUAUCUUCAAGUGUAACAGCAAUAAAUGUACAUAAUUUUAACAAUACUUAUGAACAAACCAGUUUCAAUAACUACACUGAAGUUCUUGCUAAAGUUGUUGUAAAUGACUCAGUGCAAGAAGCUAGUGAUUUAUUAAAAAAGAGUGGUAUUGCUUCUAGAGAUCAAAUUUUUGAAGACACUAAAUGUAAAAAACAAUCUCAAUUAAAUAAAAAUCAAUUGGAAUUUUUACCAGAUGUUGAUUAUUUACCUGCAAAUAAAAUAGAUUCAUCUGAAUGUAAUAGUGAUUCCAUUUAUAAAAUAAACUUGGAUGAUAAAAUUAAAAACAUUGUACCGUCAUCUAUUCUUGUUAAUGAUCACUCUGAUGAUUCUAAUGAUUUAGUCACUUCUACUACUUCUAAUAAUAAAAAUAAAGCUAAACCUAAAGCAGAAGUAAAUGGUAUUUUUAUUGAUGAAAAUCGUAAUUUUCUUAGGGAUAAACAUAUAAAUAAAAAAAACACUGAUAGACCUUUGUCGGGGUAUGCUGAAAAACUAGCUGAGUUAUUAGCAGAUGAAGAUGACCUUGAGUUUCCUGAAUCAGACGAGGAACUAAAUGAAUCAGAGAAGAUUAUUAAAAAAACUUCAAAUGUUACUUCUGUUGAGCCAACACCAGUAACCACCCAAGAAAUCAAUAAUUGCUCUAAUAUUGAUAAAACAGAAGAAAAAUCAGUUGCAAGCUCAACUCCUAAUAAAAAAAAAAAUAAGCGAGGUAGAGCAAGAGGUGAUAGGCCUAUGAGUCUUUUUGAGCAGGAUAUGUUAAAUGACAUUUUGAAAGUUACUAAAAACUUUGAAUGUGAAGAAGAUGAAAAGUCUGUUAAUUCAAAUAACAUAGAAGGUAAUGGCGUAGAUGGUAUUGACACUGACGAUGAAAUUUUAGAAGACGAAAUUUUGCCUGUAAAAGCCACAAUUGAAAUCUUAAGAAAUAACAUUGUAAUGCCUCAAAGAAAAAUUUCAAAUUAUUCAGACACUUCAUUUGAUGAUUAUAUGCGAACACACAACACUCCAUUAAAUCAUGUAACAAACGAUCGACCUUUAGCACUACGAAAAGCUGCAGUAUUAGAUGCUGGAUGUGGUAUUUUGAAGGCUGGAAUAUGUGGUGAGACAAAGCCAUCUUGUUACUGCCCAUCGGUAAUUGGGGUGCCACGUCGUUUUUCUCAAGAUGUCAGCAAAAUGAAAAAGCCUUAUUAUGUUGGCGAUGAAGCAUGGGAAGUAGCAGGGAUGCUUCAAAUAGAGCAUCCCAUAAAACAAGAAAUUAAUAACUGGUCUGAUGUAACUAGUAUAAUUGAACAUUUAAUGGAACAUGAGUUGAAAAUUAAUGACAAUGAGCAUCCAAUUUUGAUGACAGAAAUGGGACUCACUUCUAAAAAACAUAGAGAAAAAUUGACAGAGAUAAUGUUUGAGCAAUUUGGUGUUCCAUCAUUUUAUCUAGCAAACCAAAGUGUCCUUGCUUUGUACUCAAUGGGAAUGAUGUCUGGUGUGUGUUUGAGUUCUGGUUUUUAUAAUACUCAAGCUAUUCCCAUUUACGAAGGACAUACAAUUCCACAUGGCAUAUCUCAACUUGAUAUAGGUGGAGAGCAAGUAACAAACUAUCUGGGAAGAUUGUUACAACAAUCUGCACAACCAAGAUCAUUUAGUACUUCUUCUGAGAAACUUGUACUUAACUCAAUGAAGCAAAGCUUGUGUUAUGUUUCUCAAGAUGCUAAAAAAGAAGAAACUCUUUACAAAACUCAAUCGAAAAUGUAUGAAUCCUAUGUAUUACCUGAUGGUCAGGAGAUUGAAGUAGGUGCAGAAAGAUUUAUUGCACCAGAAGUUCUCUUUGAUCCACAUUUGUUAGGUUUAAACCAGCCAAGCACAACGCAACUAGUCACACAAACACUGGAGUUGGUAAACUCCGAACUGCGAGAUAUAUUCUUGCAGAACAUCCUAGUAACUGGCGGUAAUACAAAGCUCAAAGGAUACAGUACAAGACUUGAAAAAGAACUUGCUAUAGAAAAUCCAAAAAUUAAAAUAACAUGUGCCGACGAUCCCUUAUUAGCAACUUGGAUAGGUGGUUCCAUUAUGUCAUCAAUAUCAGCUUAUCGCGAUCAAUGGAUGACAAUUGAUCAAUAUACUGAGCAUGGUUCUAAACUUGUUCAUAUGCUUUGCUUUUAAGGCUACUUUAAAUUACUAGGAACUUGCUUUAAACCAUUAUGAAAUCUAUUGUGUCUUUCAAAUCUCCUUGAAAUUUUAUUGUUAUACGAUCUCUCUGCUGUUAGUUGUGAAUAAAACUUUUUAUAUAUUUUUUUGUUGUUGUGAAUAGUAAUAAGAGUAUUUUUUAA